GAAAAGAGUAAAAGAGUUGACAAGCCAUAAGCAAGUAAAGAAAAAUCAGCUGUAAUAAAUUCUCACAAGAUUACUCGGUGCCUCUGCUGCUAAGCUUUGAUUAAGUGGAUAAGAAGAUAAGAGGGAGAAAAAUAGCAAAGACAUUGUUAGCCAAAGGUGUGAAUGGAAUCGAAAGAAAACGGAUAGAGAGGUUGGUUUUGUUUAUGUAUUUAGUGGAAGAAUCCCAUUGGUUAAAACCCUCUGAUGAGGGAGGCAAAUUUCUGAGGAAGAAGAUGAUUGGCUGAAGCAGGUCUCCUCAUCAGAUCAGAUCAGAUCGAGAAAGAAAAAAGGAAGCCAAUUCCAUCCUUCCCCCCUUUGAUGUUAUCCACAAUUCCACCCAACUUCCCAGCAGUCAGAUGAAUUUCAUUAUAUGGGAUUAUCACAAGAAGGAGCUCCAAUUCAGAUGGUGAAUUCAAUCAAUUGUGAAGAUUCAGGGUUGCAUCCAUCAAUGGAUGACCAAGAAAUGGCAGAGAUCAGAUCAAUAGGGGAGCAGCAUGAGAUGGAGUGGAAUGACACCCUCAAUUUGGCAACUUCAGCUUGGUGGUACAAGUUCUUGAAAACCAUGGAAAUUGACCCUGAUCACGAGAGUAAUGUUGCUGAGGAUUAUGGGUGUUAUCCAUUUGAUGAAGUUAUGGAAUUCCCUGCUUGGUUGAAUCCAAAUGAAAGCUGCUUGCAACAACAGGUUGAUGAAACCUAUUCUGAUCCUACCUUACCAUGUAUGGACAUUGAAGAAAUUGAAGGAAUGGAUGCAGAGUGGUUAGCUUGAAAGAAGAAGAUUGAUUGGUUUUUAUCAUAAUCAAAUCUUUGGCUUUUACAUUGAAGCCCCCAAUUGCUGCUUUUUUUUUUUCUUUUCUCUUUUUUGUUUGGGGAAGGAGGAUUUUAAAUUUUUCCUUUGCUUUGUUUUUUUCUUAAAAUUAGUAAUAAAGGCGUUUGCUACAAUUCGCAGGCUCUAGAGAAAAAUAAUAGAUGAGGGAGAAAUUAUUAUACGUAUUUCUCCCAGUUUUCCUUUUCCAUCAAUUUUGAGAGAUCUGAUAUUUAAUGGUUCUCAUCAUUGUACUUUUUAUAGCUAGAAAAUUUUGUACCCCAUUUGGUUGUGA